AUGGCCACUGCCUUUUUUGCCGACAAUCGAUCUAAAAGUGAACAUAUAUCAGAAGAAGAAGAAGAAGAUGGUACAGAUUUAGAUGAUAAAAAAUUAGUUGAAAAUUAUCAUUAUUUACUUAAUCAUAAAUUUUUCUGCAUAUCGAAUGAAACAUCAGCAUCUUCAAACAAUCCAUUUACAAAUGAAAAAUCGUCAAAAUUUUCUGAAACAACAAAUACUCAAACAAAAUCAUAUACCGAUCAAAUUUUAAUUAAAGAUAUUCAAGAAAUUCAUUCGAUUGUUCAAGAAACAAAACAGAUUACUAAUAAUUCUAAAGGUAAUAAUCGACGUAAAUUAGCAAAAACGGAUUCAGUUCAUAGUGGUCGCAGUUCGUCUUGUGAUUUAAAACAUUCUCAAGAUGAGAUAUCUAAUUCUUCAACGUCAGAUGAGAUUGAUUUUACAACAAUUAAAAAUAAUAAUUUAACAAAACAUAAAUUUCGACAUCUAUGUUCACGAUUAAAAUCUCGUUUACAUUUUCGUAAUUCUCUAAACGAAGAUGGUUAUAAAACAUUUACAACUCAGUGGGAUUUUGAUUGGCCAAAUUUCGAACAACUGUAUGAAAAUGUCGCUCCGUGUCUUAUCAAUUCACUGCCGGGUCUUGAUGAUUUUAUGUUAGAACAAAAACGACAACUGGAAAAUCAACAAUCAGCAGCUUCAUCCGAUACCGAAGAUAUAGAAUCAAACGCUUUUCUAGAUUGCAAACGAGGAGCAAAAUUUAGACGAAAUGCUAUUUGUAGGAGAUUAGAUAAAACACAAUAUAAUGAACAAUUAGUAAAAUUCAUUCAACAAUUAAUGAUCGAAAAACUCAUAAGAACCUGGACCUAA